AUGGAUUCCUGCAGGAUCCCUGCAAACGCCUCCAAGUGCAGCGGGACCACCAUGGAGUGCUUCAUGGUGCUCAGCACACAGGCACAGAAGAUAAGCAUUGGUAUCCUGUGUGGCCUCUUUGGGACAAUGUGUGUUUUUGAGAACUCUCUGGUGCUCUACCUGAUUUUCUCAUCCCCUGGGAUCAGGAAGAAGCCUUCCUACCUCUUCAUCGGCAGCCUGGCCCUGGCUGACAUCCUGGCCAGCAUCAUCUUUGUCUGCAGCUUCGUGAACUUCCACGUGUUCAACGAGGCUGGUUUCUCCAAGGAGGUGUUCCUGCUGCAGCUGGGAGGGGUAAACACGUCCUUCUCAGCCUCCCUCAGCAGCCUGCUGCUCACGGCCCUGGACCGCUACCUCUCCAUCAGCCGGCCCUCGGAGUACAAGCUCCUGAUGACCAGGAAAAGGGCCUGGACAGCCCUGGCAGUGCUCUGGGUGACCUGUGCCACCAUCGCUGGCCUGCCCCUGCUGGGCUGGAACUGCUGCACGCUGGAUUCCUCCUGCUCCGAGCUGUUCCCCUUUGUGGAUGACAAUUACCUGUCGGGCUGGCUCUGCUGGGUCGUGGUGCUGCUGGGCUGCAUCGUCUGUGCCUACGCCCACGUGCUCUGGAGGGCUCGGCGGCACGUGGCCUACAUGGAGCAGCACCAGGCACAGGCAGGGAAGCAGAACAGCAGGAUGAGGAUGGACGUGAUGCUGGCCAAGACCCUGGUGAUGGUGCUGGCUGUCCUCAUGCUCUGCUGGUCCCCCGUGCUCGCGCUGAUGAUCUACAGCAUCUUCGGCAGGCUGAGCGACCGCCUGCGCAAGGUGUUCGCCUUCUGCAGCACCCUCUGCCUGCUCAACUCCAUGGUCAACCCCAUCAUUUACGCCCUGAGGAGCAAGGAGCUCUUCUCCUCCCUGAGGAGGGUGCUGUCCCACUUCAGGAGGCAGCUGAAGGCCCCUGAGGAGAGCCCAGAAGCAGAGAGCAACCACAAGUCCUCCGUGAUAGAGACCGUCUGCGAGGACACGCACACCGUGUAG